AUGUACGCGUAUCUCUUGUUAGCUGCUGUUGCUGUCUUCUUUGUCUUUACAUUUGUUCUCCAUCCUCUCUAUGCCUACCUAUCUGAUCCAAAGCAUUUACGUCGAUACCCCAACUUUCAUCCUCUUAGCGGGAUUACCAACAUCCCUUUCAUGGUUGAAGCCACUCGUGGGUUCCGGUCUAAAGCCCUUCGUGAGCAGCACAAGAAGCGCCCCGUUAUUCGCAUCGGUCCCAAUUCGCUCUCUUACGGUACCGGAAGAGCCAUUAAGGAUAUUUAUGGCCAUGGAUCAGGCUGUAUCAAGGGCGAGCUCUACGAAGUCUUGGCUGGAACACACUUUCACAUCACCGAUGUUAUCGACAAGUAUGAGCAUCAGCGCAAACGAAAGGCAGUCUCGGCUGCUUUUGCCUUGAAAAACAUGGAGAAUUGGGAAUACAAGGUUGCGGAUAAGACAGAGCGAUUUAUUCGUGCCUGCGACAAGGCCUGUACCCCCCCGUUGAAGAAGGAGAUGACUCGACCGAACCCUGAGGACUUGACCUUUGAUUAUCGUUCCUAUACAAACUUCUUCUCAAUUGACGCAAUUGCGGAUAUCGCCUUGAGUGAGCACCUUCAUCUUCUCGAUAAGGGCACCGACAUCGUUCAAGCUGAGCGCAUGGAUGGCUCCAAGUUCCAGGUCAACUUCAGAGAUUGCCUUCACGGGACGGCUCGAGCGCAGUCUAUCAUCGUGUGGGCCUCCCAGUGGUUCAAGUUCAACAAAUGGUUUACCCGUCUUGUCUCGCCCGAGUUUCGCCGACUCUGGAAACUCAAUGACGGAUGGGAAGCACUUGUCUACAACCGCGCUACUGAACGACUUAAGCGCUAUCAAAACGGCGAGAAGCUAUCCGAUAUCUUUCAGGCUUUUAUGGAAGACAGAGAUGGAAACCCUCGUGGCCUCGAAUGGGGAGAAAUUGUCGCAGAGGUGUCGAUCUUGAUGAAUGCGGGAUCCGAUACGACCGGUAUCGCCAUGUGCAAUGUCAUGUACUGGCUUCUGAAGCAUCCAGACUGUAUGACGCGACUUCGAGAAGAAGUCGAUGCCGUGCUCGACGCCGAUGAGGUUGUUGCUCCGUAUGAUAAGGUUAAACACCUCCCAUAUCUACGGGCUUGUCUCGAUGAAACGCUCCGCAUUUCACCUUCGACCUCUUUUGGCCUUCCACGACGAACCCCUGCCGAAGGUGCCUAUAUCCUUGGAGACUUUAUUCCUGGUGAUACAACUGUUGCAAUCUCGGCCUAUGUUGCGCAUCGAGACGAGGAGAUUUUUCCCGACCCCGACAAAUUCAUCCCCGACCGAUGGUUAGGCGAAAAAGGCAAGGAUCUCCAGCCCUUUUUUAUCGCGUUCAGUGCAGGUGCUCGUGGGUGUAUCGGCCGAAAUAUCAGCUAUCUAGAGCAGACCGUGCUUCUAGCGAGCGUUGUACAUCGUUACGAGUUCGCGUUGCCCCAUCCUGACUGGGAACAAACCUGGCUAGAGGCACUAAAUGCCAUGCCAGGAAAGAUGCCCCUCAAGGUGUGGAGGCGGGAUCUGAGCAACCGAGAAGUGUAG